GAUGGACCUGGUGGCCUGGGGUGUGGACCUGGCCUCAGUGGAACAGCACAUCAACAGCCAUAGAGUCAUCCACAAUGCCAUCGGGGACUAUCGCUGGCAGCUGGACAAAAUUAAAGCCGACCUGCGUGAGAAAUCUGCCAUCUACCAGUUGGAGGAGGAAUAUGAAAACCUGCUGAAAGCGUCCUUCGAGAGAAUGGAUCACCUGCGACAGCUGCAGAACAUCAUCCAGGCCACAUCCCGCGAGAUCAUGUGGAUCAAUGACUGCGAGGAGGAGGAGCUGCUCUAUGACUGGAGCGACAGGAACACCAACAUCGCUCAGAAACAGGAGGCCUUCUCGAUACGCAUGAGUCAACUGGAGGUUAAGGAAAAAGAGCUCAAUAAGCUUAAACAAGAAAGUGACCAACUUGUCCUCAAUCAGCAUCCAGCUUCAGACAAAAUUGAGGCCUAUAUGGAUACUCUUCAGACACAGUGGAGUUGGAUUCUUCAGAUCACCAAAUGCAUUGAUGUUCAUCUCAAAGAAAAUGCUGCCUACUUCCAGGUUUUUAUACUUAGUAAUAAUUUAACUGUCUUGUAUGUCUUGAUACCUUACCUUUUGAAUGUGUUUUAA